AGGUAAUAGAGACUUGUCUUUAAAGAAGGGCUGUCUGUCUUGCUUUGAAUUGUGGCUGCCACCCCCUCAGGCGUGGCCACGUUGAUCCGGAGGGCGCGUUGUCUGAGCUUGAGCUGUUGGAACCGAGAGAAAAAAGGAAGCGGCGGCAGAGAAAGGACAACAGAACCUAUCCCUAAACAGAGAGGAAUUUAAAAAAAAACAAAUAAAAAAAACCUGGUCGUGAUGGCUGCCAUACGCAAAAAACUGGUUAUAGUUGGUGAUGGUGCCUGUGGGAAAACAUGUCUACUCAUCGUCUUCAGUAAAGAUCAGUUUCCCGAGGUGUAUGUUCCAACGGUUUUUGAAAAUUAUGUAGCAGAUAUUGAAGUAGAUGGAAAACAGGUCGAACUGGCACUUUGGGACACAGCAGGACAGGAAGAUUAUGAUCGACUUAGGCCUCUCUCCUAUCCAGAUACAGAUGUCAUUCUAAUGUGUUUUUCUAUUGAUAGCCCUGACAGUUUAGAGAAUAUCCCUGAGAAAUGGACCCCAGAAGUGAAACACUUUUGCCCUAGUGUGCCAAUUAUCCUUGUCGGGAACAAAAAAGAUCUGAGGAAUGAUGAGCACACACGGAGAGAAUUGGCAAAGAUGAAGCAGGAACCUGUAAAACCUGAAGAAGGAAAAGAGAUGGUCACCAAGAUUUGCGCAUAUGGGUAUAUGGAAUGCUCAGCAAAAACUAAGGAUGGAGUGAGAGAAGUUUUUGAAAUGGCUACACGGGCUGCCUUGCAAGCUAAGCGUCCAAGGCACAAGGCCUUUUGCAGUGUUCUAUAAAGCAAAAAUGCAAACUAAGUGCAUCCUACCACACAUAUUACAGUCACUUGAUUUCUAAAGAAAAAAUCUUGAAUUGAUGUUUGUUAAAUCUAGUAUGAUAGUGUCUUGAUUAUAUCGGCCUCUCAUUUAUCUGUAAUGCUGUUCCUGACUAUUCCGUUUGCUAUCAAUAUUUAAAAGCCAAUCAAGGUUUUAUUUCCUAGUUCAUUGAUGUGCUGAUGUAUAGCUAUGGUCAAUUUUACAAUAUGCAUGUAUGCACCUAAACUUUGGUUUGCCAUUAUCGUAAGUUUUUUUUUGUCCUAUCUACUUUACAUGAUCAACAGGUGCAGCCUUACUGGUAGGAAAUGGCACUCCGUCAGCCUGUAUUGCUUAACAUAGAACCAAACCAAGAAGUCAAUUUGGCGCCACUGUUUAUAGAUGUAGUUUAAUUCAACUUUUGUAUAAUUGGAUUUCAUAACGCUAAUACUGUAGCCUUCACUGAAAUUUUUAAGUGUAUUGGAAAAAAAAAAUAAAAGUUGAAUUCCUUUGUAUAAAAGCUUGGUAACUUUCUGAAAUGGAUAACUGAUCUAAACCAAAUCGGGCUGUCAACACACUUAUGUAAAACAUGGAGAUUUAUAUCAGGGAAGGGUUAAGAUUUGGGGAAAAGCGGGAGUUCUCUCUUUGAUCUUGGACACCUUGCUUAUUAAAUACAAAUUACUGUUCAGUUUGAGGGAUAAAGCUGGACAGCAGCUCAGUAAAUAACAGAUUGGCAUGGUCAACCAUACCAUGCAUUCAAUGCCUUCUAUUUAUCAUUUUAGUAUAUGUACUGCCUGCCUUUAUGAUUUGUUUUUAACAUUGGAGUUGUAUCUGAGGUUCUGAAUGUACCUCACUUGCAAUUUAAUAGGUGUUUUUUUUGGCUGUAUCAGUAAAUAGUUACCAGCAAUACUAAUAGCAAAAUAAAAGCCUUUUUUUUUAGAAGAAA